ACACAGAAAAUUGCCACUGUUUUGUAAUUCAAUAAAUAAUGACCGACCAAACGCGCACGGGUUUAGUAAAUUUACCAAAAAAGUUUGAAUUCUUAUCAACUUUGACUACACGUGCGUCUUUGCGAGGAUUAAAACGCUGCACCGGGUGUGGUGAUUUGAAUGGCGUGCGAAGUUCUGUAUGCCGAAACCGAUUAUGCAAAUUGAGAAAAGAUGCGCUCCGAAAGCAUAUUCCAUUGGAUGCAGUGCGUUUAGAAAGUCUUGAUAAACGGAAAUCACUUUAUUCACUACGUAAAAAAGAUCAGAAUGCAUAUCCUCGUAAUUUUGUGCUCAUCACAGUCACCAGCAGAAAUGAUGCGACAUCAUUCCAAUGUUACAGCUGCGGCCCAACUACUACAUCGACGAAUAAUGUACUGUGUAAACAUAUCCUAGCGUGUACAACAAAUGCCGUUUUAUUGCGUAAAGGAGAAGUCUUCACUAUUUCUCGUGAUGUGCUUUGGAACUUAAAUGGCUUAGACGAGGAUCACAAGCAGCGGCUCUGGAGCUUGUACCAAGAAGAAGAAAACAAUGUACCUGCUGUGCAGCGUAUAUCAACUUCCUUAUUUGUAGUGAAAUGUGAAGUGUCAAAAGUUUUCCCUGCAGGACGUCUACAUGUCACAGCUGUAUGUAAUGGUGCAUCCACGAGGAAGGGUGUUUAUUCUUGCUCAUGCAAGAAACUAAAGAUCAUUGUUGAAACAGAUAAUUCGGUAGUGAUGCAAGAAGAGGUUUGUGAUCAUAUUUUAUUAGUUUUGGCGGCUGUUUUAAGUAACCGAAAAGGAAAAGCAACAUAUGGAAAUUUUGCAAGUGCGUUAAAAUCUUACUGGAUGCCGACGAAUAUAGAGACGCCAAUUGUAGACGUAACACAAGAGGAUGCACUUUUUGGUUUGAGCAUUGACAUUGGUGGUAACUUCAACAUGGACGGUACAGAUAGUCAACAAGCGGAUGAUAUUUUUAUUUACAAUAAUGAUUUCAUGUCUGAAGGUAACAUACCCGACUUCGAAGAUGUUAUACUGAACUAUCCACUUGACACCUCGGAACAACUACAAAAUCAGCAUGUUGUAGAAAAUUUCACAACAGCUAGUGCAGCAGCAAACCCCAGCGAUAUGUUACAUACUGGGGAUCCGAAUUUAGGUUUAAGCUUUGCUAUUACAGCUGAAGACAUAGAAGAUAUUAAAUUCCAUACUGCAUCCAAUACGAGUGGCAUAAAGACGGUGCCCUCAAAUGUGAUGGACAACAUGACAACUGCGCAUCUGGAAUUAAGUGAUUGCAAAAUCGAGUUGAUGGAUCAGUUUGAACUUACCGACCAAAUUGACUUGUCAACAACUGAGGACAUCACUUUGCAGCAAGAGCAAACGUGGCUUGGAAACGGUAUAAGUAUACUCGAAGCGCCAGUGGUGAAUACUUCAACCACGACAACCACAAUUGGCUGCACAGCCACACCAACAACGCUAGAAGCCACAAACGUGGCUCAAAACACAGCAUUUUAUAAUGGCAAUUCGUUACUAAAGGCGAGUCAGGUGGUGGAGGCGCCACCAAUUGAAUUACCCACAAUUGCCAUGGUUAAGAAAUGCCCUGUUAAAGCAUCUGAGUUGGUGAACAGUGUGAAUACCCGUAAAUUUCCACCUUUGCCAGCAAAAAGAUCUCUUAUUGUUAAUGGAGUAACACACUUGGAGCAUCAGCAAACAAAUGAUGAAAAUAUCAUAUCAAGUAAUGAGGUGCCAUCUUUGGCGUUUUCAUCAUGGCUAGACUAUGUUAUCGAAGCCAUCAAUGAGAGUGUGGAAAUUGUAGAAGAAAGAAAUGUUGAACACACCUUCCACGUACAUGAGGAAAUAUUCGCUCAUUUUAGCAAAACUUUCAGCACUGGCAUUAAGCUACGUAUACCGAAUAGUACAACAGUUAUAAAAACCGGCAAGCACAAAGGACUUAUCAAAUAUGUUUGGUAUUUUUCGAAUGCAUCAACAGUGCGUAGAAUAUUUACAACAAGAAAUAAUUGUUUGGAAAUCGAACGUUUAUUUGAAUAUAAUACGCAAGGUGUUUUUGUACCAUAUGUCACGCCACCUAUUUUACCUGCUAACAGUAAAUAUAAACGCGUUUAUCCGAAAAUAUCAUUAUAUAAAACACAUAUUUGCUUCGAAAGUGGCAGUAGUGAAUUAAAACAAAGUUUCAAAUUAGAGUGGUUGCCUAGUGCCUUUCCAAAAAGUCAUCAUGGUAUAAUGAAAGUGGAAUUCUCAGUGGGUGUACAAGAUCCAAAUGAAAUGCAAGGAUUAAUUGUUGGCAAAUAAUUACGAAAUAUUCUUAAAAUUUCAUACUAUUAAAUAGAGAAUUACAUAAAUCUAGGCUAAGCGAAAACUAUCUGCCACACAAUGUGAUACUCAAAUGGAUUCACUUGUUUUUUUUUUAUUAAACUCUCACUAAUAUUUGUUGCUAGUUAGUAAGAUUUUUCACUUGACAAAAAUCGUAUUGACGUUAGAAUUUAAAUUAAUUUUUUACUUAGGUUAGUAGUAAAUAUUAAAGUAAUGAGUUGCCAUAGAAAUAAUAAGCUUAAGUGUAUAUAUAGUUGUAUAAAUCACUACAAAAUUAAAUAUAUAUAAGUGUGAAAUAGUAUAAGCUAUAUUUGUAAGAUAAAGCUAAAAAUAUACA